GUCAGAAAGUUCUCCCCUCGGGGAGCGACGCACAGGAACCCCUGGGUUCGACGAUCGUCGGCGCGGCGUUCUCAAGCAGCAGCGUGGGCGCGCACAGCCGUCAUCGUCACCGCGGGCAUGCUGGGGCCUCCCAGCAACGCGUGCACGAUCCAUAAAGGCAGCGUGAGGCCCCUCGUGUAGCCUCAGACGCAAGGCCUCUUUCCUCGUGGACAACCCUUCUUUCUCCGGAGAUGCACGCCCUCAUCGCACUCGUUACGCUCGCGGCUGCCCUGCAGGCGGCGGCGAAGCCCGCGCCUGUGGCUCCCCCGCCGUCGGUGAUCACCCCACCUCCUGUGCCUAUCGACGCGGCUGUGAGGGCGCGGGACGAGGCGCUUACAAUCCCGCUGCUCAGCUGCUUGGUUAGCAUUGAGUGUUGCCAGAUGGUGCUCACGCUCCCCGUCUUGCCGGCGAGCCUUACCGGGAUUCUGGCGCCCCUAGGCCUCACCGCGCCCAUCCCGAUUCCGACCCUGGGCCCUAUGGCUGGCUUAAUAUGCAGCCCCGCGACUGACCUCGACAUCCUUGGAAACCAAUGUCUCGCAGGUGGAACGCCCCUUUGCUGCCAGGAAACUAUACUCGGCCUCGUCGCAGAGGGCUGUCAGGAGGUCAUCAACAUCCCGUCCAUCACGCUGCCCCUCUCGCUCCCAACCAUCUCUCUCCCGCUGCUCGGGGGCUCCAGCGGCCUGCUCGGCAUCCUCUCCUCCCUCCCGCUCCUCGGCACAGGGGGCGGCCUCCUCGGUCUACCGCUUCCGACGACGCUCCCCCCAGUGCUCGGGAAUCCCGCCCCAACUUCGUCUGCCGGCGGGCUGCUCGGCCUCCCACUGCCCUCCCUUCCGCUCCUCGGCACUGGCGGAGGCCUCCUCGGUCUGCCGCUUCCGACGUCGACCCCCCUGCUCGGGGGCACCCCGACUUCGACCUCCGGCGGCCUGCUCGGCCUGCUUGGGCUCGCUUCGGAGGUCCCGAUCCCGGAGGCGGCCGCGACGCCCACACCUCCCCCUGCUUGA